AUGGCUCCCAAAAUUCUAUGCGUUGCAGAGAAACCAGCGAUUGCUAAGUUGGUGGCUCAACAUUUAUCUGGUGGACGCCUAAGAACAUUUAACAUCGAAGGCAAUCAAUAUGUAAAAAAUUACGAGUUUGAUUUUACAUUUGAUCCUCCGUGGGGCAGUUGUUCCGUUGUCAUGACAAGUGUCUUAGGCCAUUUAACAACAUCAGAAUUUGAGCCUAGAUAUAGAAACUGGAGUUCAUGCAACCCCUCUCAGCUAUUUGACGCAAACGUCAUAACUUCCGUUGAUAAAGUCAGAAUCCUGUCAAGAUGCGCAGUCCAUGAAAAGCUUGGUAUAGCUAAAAACAUCAAGAUACAGGCUCGCUACUCUAAGGCUCUGUUCAUAUGGACUGACUGUGAUAGGGAAGGGGAGUAUAUCGGCUCUGAGGUUAAAGCUCAGGCUGUACUAGGCAACCCAAGGAUUGAAGUCAAGAGGGCGAAAUUCAGUAAUACAGAACGAACGCAUGUGCUACAGGCUGCUCGAGGGCCAAUCGGACUUGACGAGCAACAGGUGGAUGCCGUAGCUGCUAGGAUUGAGUUGGAUUUACGUAUAGGAGCAGCUUUUACGAGACUUCAAACUCUCCAACUUCAAGCAUUAGGGGGAGUUCUGGCUGAGAAGAUAAUUAGUUAUGGCUCAUGCCAAUUUCCAACUCUUGGAUUCGUCGUUGAUAGGUACAUGAGGGUGAAAAACUUCAAGCCGGAGGCGUUCUGGUCGAUCAAAGUUUCACAUACCCGCGAUAGUAUUACGGUGAACUUCAACUGGCAGCGUGGUCACCUUUUUGACAGAGCUGUAGUGGUAGUUCUCUUUGAGCGAUGCAUAGCUGCUAAAACAGCAACCGUUACUAAAGUUAACAAAAAGCCUACUAGCAAAUGGAGGCCACUUCCUUUAACCACGGUCGAUCUUCAAAUGAUGGGAAGUAAAUACCUGCGAAUGGACAGUCAAGCAAUUAUGAGCCGCCGAUCUCUUUAUACGAGAGGGUUUCAUCAGUAUCCCGCCACCGAAACUGAUCAGUUUGAUAAUGAAAUUGACCUAAAAAAACUGGUUGAGAAACAAUAUCCGAGUGAUAUAUGGGGUGGAGGUUUUAAACAGCCUCGUCGGGGUCGAAAUAAUGAUAAAGCACAUCCCCCAAUUCAUCCAGUGGCUUACGUUGCUCCAAGAGUCCUCAAGGCCGAUGAGAAAAAGGUUUAUGAGUUCGUUGCUAGGAGAUUCUUAGCCUGCUGCUCCGAAGAUGCAAAAGGCGAAUCUACCGAUAUUGAGAUCAAGUAUGGUGACGAACAGUUCCAUACCCGCGGUCUCGUCGUACUAGAACGAAACUAUCUGGAUGUCUAUGUAUAUGACAAAUGGGAAAGCAGCCAACCUCUGCCAAACUUCUCGCUGAAUGAAACAUUUGAACCCAGAGAAGCGAACAUCACGGAGGGUAAAACAGUUGCGCCAGGGUAUUUAACAGAACCCGAACUCAUUGGGCUCAUGGAUGCGAACGGAAUCGGCACUGAUGCUACAAUGGCUGAUCAUAUAUCAAAGAUAAAGCAGAGAGAGUAUGUCGCAACUAGACCGCGUGGCGGUGGUAGAGGAUCAGGGAGUAGUGUAGAGGAAUUUAUCCCUACAAAAUUGGGGGUUGCUCUGGUUGAAGGUUAUGACAAUGUGGUUGCUGGCUUGCCCGAUUGCCCUAGCCUAACAAAGCCGUUCCUUCGCAAAGAGAUGGAGUUGCGAAUGCGAGAUAUCUGUUCUGGAACCAGGACGAAAACUGAGAUCGUGGACCAGAACGUUCAGAUGUAUCGCGAAGUAUUUACACAUACGCAACGGCGCAUUGAGUUGCUCAAAACAGCCUGUAGGAAGUAUGUAUAUGAUUCUGAGAAUUAA